ACGAGCCUUGCAUCAACGGUCUCGGUCUUUUUCCCGCUUGAUGAACAACUCCCCCUCAUCUCACGCGUUAACUCGCCAUAUUCUUGGUCGUUCUCACCCCUCACCUUCUCGUCAUCAUCCAAUGCGUCCCUUGUGUACAACGCUUCAUCUUUGCCGAACUGGAUGUCUUUCGACUCCUCGGCCAGAACCUUUGAGGGAACACCAAGACCUGAUGACGAAGGCUCGCCCAAUGUGAAGAUCACAGCAAUAGACCCAGAUUCAUCUGACUCAGCGUCUUCCUCCUUCACGCUGUGUGUGACACCCGAUCCCGCUCCUACGCUCAACACCUCGGUGGCCGAUCAGUUCUAUCACGCCAAUCCGUCCCUAUCCUCUGUGUUCCUCUUGUCUCCGAACUCUGCUCUGAAUACUGGCAACCCUAUGCUGCGGAUCCCGCCCAAAUGGUCGUUCAGCAUCGGCUUCAACUGGGACACCUUCGUCGGACCGAGGAAUGUCUACUACUCUGUUCUGCAGAAGGAUGGCUCGCCCUUGCCAGACUGGAUGGUCUUUCACCCCAAAAGCAUCACCCUGAACGGUGUUGUGCCUUCCACUCAGGAUCUACCGACGCCUCAUACGCUCUCUUUUGCUCUGCACGCGGCAGAGCAAGAGGGCUACUCUGCGGCUUCGCUGCCUUUCGAUGUCGUGAUCGCAGAACAUGAGGUGUCUCUUUCUGGGGCGUCUUUGCCGACCAUAAAUAUCACGUCUGUUACCCCUUUCGAUGUCGCUUUCUCAUCUCCGGAUGAUUUCGUAGGGAUCUUACUGGAUGGAGAGCCUGUAGAACUUGCCGAUAUAUCUAGCCUCUCUGUGGAGACGUCUAAGUAUUCUAACUGGCUAAGAUACGAUGAAGGAAGCAGAAAGCUUGCUGGGACGCCUCCCAAAGAACUGGACGGGCAGGUGGGCCCUGUCCUUCCGGUGACCUUAAAGACGACAUACAACCAGACGGUGUACACCAAUGUCUCUCUAGCGGUUGUGCCGUCCUACUUCUCCGAACAGGCUUUUGACCCCAUUCUUGUCGACGAGGGAGGCGAUGUCCGCUUCAAUCUCAUAUCAUAUUUCUCAAACCGAACUGGUGUCGGCGGCCAUGACGAUGUGAAUUUGACCGCAUCCUUCGAUCCUGAUGAGGCAGGAUCAUACCUGGUUUUCGAUUCUACAGUUGCGCAACUAUCUGGGGUAGUCCCGUUGGGGAGCGUGGACUAUAGUCACAUCACAGUGACGUUCACCGCAUAUUCUCGUAUUACACACUCGACUUCGCACAGCAGUCUUCCCAUCUCGCUGACGCCAUCUGAUUUCAAGCAUACCAAGCCGGCGGACCCCCGCACUGCGCAUCUGUCCAGCGCGGCCCGGAAGAGACUGCUGCUCGGUCUCGGAAUCGCAUUUGGAGUUAUCGGUGGGACUUUGGUUCUCGGAUUAAUCCUGGCGGCAUUUAGGCGGUGUGCGAGGGUGAAGGAUACUGCGCUAGUUGGCGAAGAGGGGUCUCGUGGAUGGACGGAGAAGGAACGGCAGUGGUAUGGAAUAGGCGACGCCAGAGUUGACGCUGAGAAAGGAUACGGAUGGUCCAACAUGCACACGGGCUCGCAGGAGUCUCAGGAUAGCAUCGUUAGCAAGGGCGAAUUCUUGGGGAAACUCCGCUCUACCGUUCGUCAAGUCAGCGACAAGUACCGCCGACAGAAGAAGCCCGUGAUUGGCAAGCCUCUUUUGUUGCUGUCCUCCGAGGAGGGGAGGAUGCGGAUGAUGGGGCUCACGGGCCCCUCUACCCCAAUUCUAAACCCAUUAGCACCUGUUAAUGGGGCUGACUAUUCUGCGACCGGGACAGCUUCGAGUCUUCACGGGUCAGUGAAUUCUUCGACUGGGGAUCGAUCUAUUCCGAAACGACGAGCUGAUUUCGGCCCUCCAACGACACCGUCCAUGCCCGGCGCUGUUCACGUUAGAAUUUCAAGGCAGCCUGGACGGCAUGAAGCUCGGCUGUCGAUCGACUCUGCGGCCUCUCUGGCAGACUCGCUGUCAUCGAACUCUUCUACAAGAACACAUGCUAUAGAGGCCGUCAUACAGACGGCAUCGCGGGCAUUGAGCGUACGGAGCAUGAAGAGUACGAGCGGGAUGUCCUACCACUCGACGCCUGAUGACACUGCUGCGGGCUCAGCAAAGGCGCGCCUGGUUCCAUUUACAAACGCCAGCCGCGUACCCGUCCCAGACCUCCCUGCAUCUCUUGUCGCCGGAAGGGCCGACGAGCGCUCUGACGGCGUUGCGGUCGGCGGUAGGAGUAAAAGAAGAGUCACUAGUCAGAUCGCGAAUAUAUCGAACGCACCGCCCCGGGGCCAGGGCCCAGACGAACUCAGCGUUGGGAUGCAGUACGUCCGUGCGUUAGGAGAGGAUAAGGAGGCUGGCACUCUCCGCAUCCACUCGGCCUCGGACUCGUUCUCGUCCUUGGAGUCUUCGCAUCGGGCACGGUCAAGUCUAGGGAGCGGCAUGAGCGCCGGGAUGCGCCAACAGAACGAGAGACAACGGAUCCUAAUCCGUGCGGGCGAACGGUUCCGGUUUCGAGUGCACAUCAUGUCUGCGGCGACAGAGUCGCAGUCCGCAAAGCCGCGGACAUACGUGGCGAGGCAGAUAUCGGGCCAGCCGCUCCCUGAAUUCGUGAAUGCCGACUUCGACGCGCGCGAGGGACGCAGGAAGGACACGGUCAAGUUCUGGGGCAUCCCGAGAAGGGAGGAUGUGGGCGAGGUGAGUAUCGGUGUAUUUGGGGAUGAUGGUGAAUGCGUAGGGUCGGCGGUUGUGGAGGUUAUA